AUGCCGUCGUCAUCAACGUCUUUGUCUCGACGUGCUCUUCGUGUAAAACGUCGUCGUGUGAGAUUUUCUGGUGCUAAAGUGAUUGAAUAUGAUGCGACAGUAGCUCCCGUUGUUCAUUCUUGUGGUAUUGCUUUAGGCUCAGACGACCGUCAACUUGAAUGUAAAGCAAGAGGUUUAGAAGGUCAUGAAGAUCAUUUAUUGUCUUUGUAUGUACAGGAAUUACAACAGGUUUUGUGUAUACAAGGAUUUCAACCAAUGGGGAGCGACCUGCUAGUAUUACAGACACAGCAUCAGGUUGUAGAGCUCUUGCUUGUCUGGGCGGCAUGUGCGAAGAUUGAUAUCGACAAGGAUACGGAUGUACUGCAUUCAGCAACAUUGCAACGUGCACAGCUGGAAAAGAAACAGCUUGAAGGACUUGUGGAUGAUGGAUAUGCAUUUGGACGUCGUUUUAUGUCAGUUGCGACGUAUGUGGAGACGUUGAGCAGGAAGGAACUAGUGGAAGCAGCAAAGGAACGAGACAUGGAGCUUCCGAAACUUGACGAACAACAGAAAGUAGCUGUAAAGGUGAUCGAUAGAGAGUUACUGGGACUUUAUGACACAGCACAAGGACGACCGCUGAGGUCGCUGACGUUGAGACAAUUAGUAACGGAAGCGGAGGCUCGAGGGAUGGCUGGACCAGGAGAGCAGGCCAAGGACAACAAAGGGAAGAAAAAUAAACGUGCGUGGGUCAAUAUGUUGAGACCGGUGAUGGUAGCGGAGGUUCGUGCAUUAAAGAUACAAGAACUGGAGGAACAGAUGCUACGAGAAAAGAUUGUGGAGAAGAUGGAGCGUGAACAGAAGAGAGAGCAGCAGCAGCGUGUUGUACAGCUCAUUAAGGCGUUAAUGCAACGAACUGCUGAUACGAAUGACUCCUGUGCUGAACCGGAAGACGAUGAUACGAUACUGCAUGAGAAAGACAACGAGGUAUGUGACAAGAAAUCAAGGAGGCGUCAUGAAAUGCACACGUUCUUGACAGCUCUAGCCAAGACCGUGUGUAUAUUUAACGAGAGCGAGGAAGAUCUUACUAUGAUGGAAUGA